AUUCACCCAACCGGGAAGCUCUUCGUACUGUCUGAUGGGAAAGGAAAACACACGACGGUGGAGCUGAGCGACCCUCUAGAUGAGGAGAUCUCAGGAGUUAUUGAAGUCGUUGGAAGAGUAACAAAUCAAGCAACCAUCAUGUGCAUGUCGUAUGUCCAGUUCAGAGAAGAUAAAAGUCCAUUUGAUCUGGAACUAUAUGAUGAAGCACUAAAAAUUAUUCAUGAAUUCCCUGAAUACUUCCCAUUUGGCACUGGGAGGAACACUUGA